GUGGGAACACGUCCCUACGUUCCGAACGCGAAUGCUCGUCGCGAUGUAACGGGACCUUUACCGCGAAGUUUCAACGACUUUCAAAGUGUUAAUUCUAUGUGCUAGUGAAAAACUACGGUUGAAUAUUGGACAGUGAUAACAGAACUAGUCAAAAUCUUUUUCUAGUUAAAAUUAAAAACACACAAGUGAACCGCAAUUUAACUUGAUACAUUUUGAAAUUAAAUUAGUUUGAUAAAUUAAACGAGUGAUUUUUAGGAACACGCAAAAAGUAUUCGCAGUCAUAACAUUACAGUGUAAAUGUUGUAGAGAACUCAAGACACAGUAUAAUAAAGACAAUCUUGAUAUGUGGCAAGUUGAAGUACCAAGUGUUAGUGAAAAAAUAGUGUAAACUAAACAAAAUGGUGGCAGUGUGUGUUGAAGAGUAGUGCGAUGGACGUUGUAGUCGCAGUAUGACCACGUGGAUGGCGCUGUUCGGGCUAGUGUGGCUGCUGCGCGUGCGUGGCUCCCUCUGUGGGUGCGCGGCGUGCAAGCGCGCUCGGCACGAGGCGCCCGACGCGUUGUGCAAGCGCGCUCGGCACGAGGCGCCCGACGCGCCCGGCGCUAGCCCGCGCACGCCUAGCCCAGACGAGCGCGCGCCGUUUGACGUCAUCGCGCUUGAAAACUACACGCGUGACGUCACAGUCCAGACUGACUUCGAUGACGAAGGGGUCGAAGAUCUGGAUAAAGUCGAGCUACAGAUCACAGAAGAGUCUCACGUCGGCAACUACGAGUGUGGGACUGAAGCGACGCAGAGCCCGGGAGGCGGCCACUCCGGAAGUUACCAGUACCCUUCCGACUCAGACAGCGAGUCGGUCUGGGAGACGGCAGAAGUGACGCUGGAGCGCGGCGCUAGCGGCCUAGGCCUCAGCAUAGCGGGCGGCGAGACUGGCGGUGACGUCAGCAUCACGCGCCUAGCCGCGGGAGGCGCUGCGAAGAAAGAUGGCCGACUGCAGAUUGGAGACAUCUUGUUACAGGUGAACGACAUUUCCGUGGAAGGCGCGCCGCAUUCUGUAGCCGUGGACGCGUUGCAACAAGCUGGAAACGUUGUGAGAUUGCGAGUUCGCCGAGCCCGCAGGCCUAGGGUUGUCAAGCUAUGGCGCGGCGCCCGCGGCCUAGGCCUCGGUAUCGCGGGCGGAGCGGACGACGCAGCGGGCGGCGGAGGCGUUUUUGUAUCCCACAUAGCGGUUGGCGGCGCUGCUCACCACGACGGUAGAUUAAGAUUAGGCGAUAAAAUUUUAGCUGUUAGAGAUGAAGACGGUAUAGAAACAUCUCUAGUCGGAGCAACACAUGCGCAAGCUGUGUCCGCAUUGCGGAACACCGGAGAGCAAGUGACCCUCGUCGUCCUACCCGCAGGAUCUAUUCCGCCCGUAGCGAGAACCGCUCCGCUAUACUCCAUACGGUCGGGCUCCCGAUUAGGCAUGGACAUCGUGGGGGGGUUAGGGGGGGAGGUGGAGGGGAACCAGGGGACUGAAGACGACACGUGCGGGGUGUUUGUGUCAGGAGUCUCGGUAGGGGGCGCUGCAUACGGGAUGCUGUAUAGAGGUGACAGAAUACUGAGCGUUGAUGGCAGGGACCUGACAAGGGCGACGCACGAGCAAGCCGCUGCUGCUUUGAAGCAGUACUCAGGGAGCGCGGUAUCCAUAGCUGCGCAGUACCAACCGGAGCAAUAUGAGAGGCUGCGCGCACGCAUCCGUGCCAUCAACGCGGCGGCGGCCAUGUCACCGCACGCGCGUCAUGCCACCCACGUGCCCGUGCAUCCUGACUUACACGCUAUGUAUCCAAGGUAGCAGUGGACUGGCUGUGACAUUGACCACUCAAUAAGAUCUGAAGACUAGUUAGUGAAAAUUUUACAAUUGUGUACCUACGCGUAAGAACCUACUCGUAUGAUCUAACUUCAAAGACUAUUAACAUGUUUUUAUGUAACAAACAAAUAUUUUAAAGACUUAAUAAAUUGUUUAUCAAUUAAUUUAAUUGCAAUGUAACAAUUAGUGAAUGGACGCUGGUCUGUGUUAAUUAGUUUGUUAACAAAUAAUAUUUAAGUACUAUAAUCACAAUGUGACGUAAUGUUUUUGCAGUCAUCAGGCGGUUUCCCAUUAAAAUACGUAUUUAAUUAAAAGACCCACAUUCAUUAUUGCCGUGUUCUUUACUUUGUAUUUUAGACAGCUUUUCUACGCCCGUAUUCACAAACGAUGCUUGCGUAAUUGAAACAGAAAAUCGAACGCACAGCGUUGAAUAGAGCUCUGUGAUUGGUCCAUGUGUCACCCUAUGCAUCCACGCGUACUGUGAGACCUCUGUGUUUGUGAAUACGGGCUAUUUAAUUACUCCUGUUGCAAAGCGGGGUUUUAUUUUUGUGAUGUGCUGGGUUCUUUUCUAUAGAAAAAUCACUGUAAUUCAAUUUAAAAAAAAAAAAGAUUUUCUUUAAUAUCUUUUACCCAUACCAAAGUAUAAAAUUCUUGGCAUAGAAUUCUCUUUGCACGUACAAGCCGUAUAAUAAAAAUCGUGGAUUCGGCCUUAGCCAUCGUGUGUGGAUAGCAUCUGGUGAAUUUUCAUUAGCUGUCUCUACUGCAGUGGGUAUUGCACAAACGCAAGGGAUUUAAUCAAAAGAAUUCUUCUUCUUCAAAUAACAGAAGCGUAGACUUCAAAUAAAACUGAGAUGUUUCACUGACGUUGGUAUUCUGCUUUAAAAAAGGCUAUACGAACUCCAGGCUGGAUUUAAGAAGCUAAACAUUUUUUAGAUUCUGUCCUAAAAUAGAAACUAUGUAUCCUACGAGUAUGUUGUUUGAUUCAUGAAAAUUCUUGUCAUUCCAUAACAUCAAAAGGGUAUGAAAAAUCUUGUAUUCCGUGGCUUUAGUUCAUAAAUUUAAUAACAUAUCGACUUCUUUUGGAUUUGAUGAAAUAUUCAAGGAUUAACUUAUACAGGAUGUCACAAAAAUAGCAAUCAGAAAUAAUUAGAAGAUACACUGUAGGAUGAACAACAAUCAUGUUACUUUAACUUUGACAAAGGUCAAAAAUCUGUCAAACUCCAUACAAAAAGCACCGGUUAUUUUUAUGGUUACAGUUAAAAUAAGCUGGUGCAACUCUGCCUAAGUCUUAAAAAGUUUUUCAAUUCACCACUGGAAAAGACAAAGUUUACUUUUUUUCACGUUUGAUUGUACUUUUUCGUCCUUUAAGUUUGAUAAACUAUUUUAGAGACAACCUGUAUUGCAUAGACCAGCUACAUUUCAGCUACUUUUACUGUACGUAUUGUGUAAAUAUUUUAGUUUCAUAAGCGGGAUAUAUCCUACAUUGUGUAUCAAUAUUUUAUUUCAUGAUCUCCUGAAAAUUUGUGAAAUAGACCUGUAGGCAAGGACAUAGUAAGUAAGAUAUAAUAGACUUACAUAAUGUUUUUCCAUCUGUGAUACUAAAAUAAUGUUAAUGUUAUUAUCAUUGUACGGUAAAAGUGAAA